AUUUUCACCAGAGACUUCCGUUUCCGUUUCGCCGUUGGAAAACGUUCAGCGGACACCGUGGGAGUAGAGAAGUCUAGAAACAUUUCAGAAUAUUUUGUAGCCUUAAAUAACUAUCGUUUUUUUUUUUAAAUCAACGUAAUUUGGUGUGGCGGACGAAAAAAACGAGAAUUAAAUAGUAACGAAGAAAUUCUUUAGGUCGCUGUAAACAGCUGAAUAAAGUGAGAGAUUUUCCCCCAGCAUGUCUCUGCCCAAGCGUGAGGUUGACGAGCUGAGGCCAUGGGUGGAACGCACAGUAAAGAAGGUCCUUGGUUUUUCUGAACCCACUGUGGUCACAGCAGCGUUACAUUGUGUAGGAAAAGGCCUGGACAAAAGAAAAACCACAGACCAGCUAAGGCCGUUUCUUGAUGAUUCAGCAAGCAGCUUUGUUGAGCGUCUGUUUGAAGCUCUUGAGGAAAGUAGAAACUCCCGUGGCAAUAAAGGAGCAGGAGAGAAGAACCGCAAAAGAGAGCUGAAGGAAGUGUUUGGAGAUGAAGUGGAAGGAGUGAAGGAUGGAGACAGUGUGGAAUCUGCGGUAAAGAAGAAGAGGGUGCCUCGCUUUGAGGAAGUGGAGGAACCAGCUGUUUUACCUGGACCCCCUACAGAGAGUCCUGGCAUGCUCACCAAAAUGCAGAUCAAGCAAAUGAUGGAAGCAGCCACGCGCCAGAUUGAGGAGAGAAAGAAACAGCUAAGUUUUGUGGCUCCUGUCCCUGUCGUGCAGCCAAGAUUGAUUCCCUCUCAGACAGACUCUAGUGCUCCACAUCCCAUCCUUCCAGCAGUGGGUGCGAACCAGUCCAUCGCUCCCUCCCAGGCUGCUAACUUCAUGAAUGACGCUAUAGAGAAAGCCCGCAAGGCAGCUGAGCUGCAGGCCAAGAUCCAGUCCACACUGGCUAUGAAGCCCGGAAUUCUGGGUGCUUUGGGAAACACAGGGCCACAUAACCUGGUAGCCCUGGCUAACCUGCACGCCAUGGGCAUUGCACCACCUAAAGUGGAACCACGUGAGGUCACAAAGCCAACACCCCUCAUUUUGGAUGAGCUUGGACGAACUGUUGAUGCCAGUGGGAAAGAAGUUGAGCUCACACAUCGUAUGCCCACUCUAAAAGCCAACAUCAGAGCGGUGAAGAGGGAACAGUUUCGGCAGCAGUUAAAGGAAAAGCCCAGUGAUGACCUGGAAUCCACGUCUUACUUUGACUCACGUGUGGCCAUCAACUCUGCACAGAGAGCCAAGAGAGGGUUUAGGUUCCAUGAACAGGGACGCUUUGAGAAGAUCGCCCAGCGCAUACGCACAAAGGCUCAGUUGGAGAAACUACAGAUGGAGAUUGCUCAGGCUGCCAAGAAGACAGGCAUACAGGCCUCCACUAAACUGGCUCUUAUUGCCCCCAAGAAGGAAUUGGGAGAGGGGGAGAUUCCUUACAUAGAGUGGUGGGACUCCUACAUUCUGCCGUCCCACAUAGAACUAUCUGCACAUACAAAUUUUGAUGAGGUGGAGAUGCAUGGAGUCACCAACCUAGUUGAACACCCAAUUCAGAUGGCCCCUCCAGUGGAUACAGAUAAGCCAGUGACUCUGGGUGUGUAUUUGACCAAGAAGGAGCAGAAGAAGUUGAGGAGACAAACUCGCAGAGAAGCCCAGAAAGAGUUGCAGGAAAAGGUCCGAUUGGGUCUUAUGCCCCCGCCUGAACCUAAAGUGCGGAUCUCUAAUCUGAUGAGGGUUUUGGGGACGGAAGCUGUGCAGGACCCCACUAAAGUGGAGGCUCAUGUUAGAGCACAAAUGGCAAAGAGGCAGAAAGCCCAUGAGGAGGCAAAUGCAGCACGCAAACUCACAGCAGAACAAAGGAAAGAGAAGAAGGUGAAGAAACUCAAGGAGGAUUUGAAUCAUGGAGUUCACAUUGCUGUUUACAGAAUCCGAAAUCUGCAUAAUCCAGCCAAGAAGUUUAAGGUGGAGGCCAAUGCAAACCAACUGUACCUCACUGGCACCGUGGUACUUCACAGAGACAUCAACAUUGUAGUAGUGGAGGGAGGCCCCAAAGCACAGAAAAAAUUCAAACGACUGAUGUUGAAUAGAAUCAAAUGGGAUGAGCCAAAUUCAAAGAGAGAUGAGCCUCAAGAUUCAGAUGAUGAGGGUUCCAGAAAGAAUAAUAAAUGCACAUUGGUUUGGGAGGGUACAGCCAAGGAACGUAGUUACGGGGAGGUUAAGUUUAAACAGUGUCCAACAGAAAGUAUGGCUAGGGAACAUUUUAAGAAGCAUGGCACUGAGCACUACUGGGACUUGGCUCUGAGUCAGAGUGUUCUGGAGACAACUGACGACUGAGAAACAGACAGAACUCAACAGAAAAAGAAGAAUAACAAAGAAACAGUGGAGCCUGUGGCAUGUGCACCUUGCACGCAUACUUUUUUUCUUUUAAUUUUUUUGUGAGAGAGAGUGAAGGAAGUGGAAUACUCUGACAGAGAGAAACCUGUUUAUGUAAAUAUAGUUUGAGUGUGUAAGAGAAUGAUUGUGUUUUCAUACCUGCAAUACAAGUGUGCAAGGCUUAAGAACAAGAGCUGGUGUAAUGAACUAGGAUGUUAACCCUUGUGUAUACUGCAGAACUUUACAAUGCUGGAAGCUUGAAUAAGAGUGGGCACUGGUUUUGUAUCUCUUGUAACAGUUUUAUAGUUUAGGCUGUGCAGUCUUUGAUCUUGUGUGAUUUCUACCUUGGAUCCAUCUUGUUUGAGUCUUGCAUCUUGUGCUUUUCAGUAAAUAAGCCUCACUCCAGAAAUAA